CUGCUCAGUCGUCCUGCAAUCUCUGUAUUAUAGUGUGUGUAUUUCAUCUCCCCCGUCGGGCCCAUUGCCAGAAAGGCGGAAGUUGCUCAGUCAUCCUGCAAUCUCUGGUUGAGUCAUCAUCUUUUUAAAUAAGAUAGUAUAUGUGACAAAACUGUCACUACCAAGCGCCUGACUUCCAAUUAUCUUCUUCAAACGGCGGUUUUAGCUAAUGCUAAUCUGAUCGAAACCCACGUCCUCCCAUUGCUGUUUUUCGCAACCAACAAUACCCACGUGCUUUAUCUACGUUUUUUCCAAGUUAUUUUUGGUCCCGAUGCUGUGUCUUCAGCUUGUCAGAGUCUCUCUCUCUGCUUCCAAAUUCUCCACCGCUUUGCCUCUAGCUCCAAUUUCUAGAGUAAUUCCCGGAACUUCAAGGCUCAGAUCAUCAAUGGCUACUUACUCGACUUUGUCUCAGUCGUCUAAGCUUUUGUUCCGUCAGCUUUUCGAGAAAGAAUCCUCAACCUACACUUAUCUCCUCGCUGAUGUUUUACACCCCAAUAAACCAGCUGUGUUGAUUGACCCAGUAGAUAAGACAGUGGAUAGAGAUUUAUCACUCAUUCAACAAUUAGGACUAAGUCUUGUGUAUGCCAUGAACACCCAUGUACACGCUGAUCAUGUCACAGGGACAGGCCUCAUUAAGAGCAAAGUUCCAGAUGUAAAAUCUGUCAUUUCAAGAGCAAGUGGUGCAACAGCUGAUCUGUAUGUAGAGCAUGGCGAUAAAGUCAGUUUUGGUGAUCUCAUUCUGGAGGUUCGUGCUACUCCUGGCCAUACAGUGGGCUGUGUGACCUAUGUGACAGGAGAUGCUUCUGAUCAGCCUCAACCUAGGAUGGCAUUCACAGGAGAUGCCCUGUUGAUUCGUGGAUGUGGAAGGACAGACUUUCAGGGUGGAAGUUCAGAGCAGCUAUACAAGUCAGUGCAUUCACAGAUUUUUGCAUUGCCCAAGGAUACGUUACUCUAUCCAGCUCAUGAUUACAAAGGAUUCACGGUAAGCACUGUAGGGGAGGAGUUGCAAUACAAUCCCCGCCUCACAAAGGAUGAGGAAACUUUCAAGAAUAUAAUGGCAAAUCUUAAUCUUCCAUAUCCGAAAAUGAUUGACAUGGCUGUCCCUGCAAAUAUGGUUUGUGGAAUUCAAUCAAAACCAACCUGAGCAUUUGGGAACUUCAUUUGGCUGUCUCCCUGUGACGUAUGGUAAGUUAUGAAACAAAAAUAAAACGACGCUUGUGGGUCUUGAAAGUGUUUGCUGCAGUCUGUAAAAUUAAACUGCAAAGGAUAAUCUGAGCUUAGUGAUAUUACUUAUUGUUCUGUGAUAUAAGUAAUGAUAACUGGUUAGAUUUCUUUCUUUCUUA